AUGAUAAUUACUCUUACAGCGAGAGGAAAAUUGGGAUUCGUGGAGGGCAAGGUACCAAAACCACCUGCAGGAGACCCGAACCUGAAAAGAUUGGAGAUGUGCAACUCCCUUGUACUGGCAUGGGUAUUCAAUGGGAUGGAGAAAGAGCUUCAGCCGAGUGCUGCUUAUGCAACUGAAGCGAAGGCACUUUGGGAUGAUCUAAAAGAAAGAUAUUCACAGGGAAAUGAGAUGAGGAUAUACCAGUUGAAGUCAGAUAUCAAUUUGUACAGGCAAGAAGGUAAGACCGUUCAGAGAUAUUACUCGGGCAUCAAAACGUUGUGGAAUGAGCUCGAAAACUACCUCGAGUCACUCGGAUGCUCGUGUGAUGCAGCAAAUCGAUAUGUAGCCCAGAGGGAGAAGAACAAGAUAUACCAGUUUUUAAUGGGCUUGGACGUGCGGUUUCGGGGCGUACGGUCUGAUAUACUCAAGAUCAAACCCUUGCCAACGAUGAGCAGGGUUUAUCAGAUGGUUUCGGAGGAGGAAAACCAACAUGCCGUAACUCGUUCCAGAGAGGCUGCACGGACACCAAAAGGAGGAGCAGAAAUGAGAGCUUUCGUGGCCAGGAGUAAAAGUAAGAACCCACAAGGACAAAGAUGGACCGCAGAAGGGAAGCCAAUAUGCGACCACUGUGGUCGACCGGAGCAUGUGAAAAGCUCUUGCUGGUCCCUCCAUGGUUCACCUGCAGAAGGAAGCAACAAUGGCAAAGGGAAGAGGUCGGGAAGCCAGGGAAUGCAAACGGAAGGAGGAUAG